AUAAUCUCACAAUUUUCUUUUAAAUUGUAUUGACUCAAACAUUUCUGAAUGACUUCAAUUUUGGCAGAGAACUAGAGGAUGUGUACCAGGCUAUCAGGCAUAUGACUUUGUUUUUUUAGGUCACCCACCAGCUUAUGGUGUUAAAGUCAGCUUUUCAAAACCAAUCAUGAACUGAUAGUAAUGGUAUUACUCAUAAUCAGUUUUUCCUUGUCCCUUAUGCAUAAUGCAUGCGUUCUUCUUCCUUAUUCUCUUUUUACUUCCUUGAGCUUAAUUUCUUCUAUAUUCUUUCUAUCUUUGGUUUUAUAAAUAUAAAAAAAUUGUUCCAGCUAGUGCUACAAGAGUGACCUUCACGAUGACGAGGAGGCUCUCCCAUAUUUGUCGCUGAAUAUUCCUCUUUUGCGGAUCACCACACGACCAUUUCCCCUGUUUUUUCUUUCUCUCUCUGUUCUUCCCUUCUUUGGGGUUCCUUUCUUGCUGCAACAUUCAUCCUUUCUCUUUUUUUCUAUUCCAUUUCUCAAUCAACCUCUCUUCUUCCACGCUCUUCUUCCUCUCAUCUCUCAUUAACACAACAAUUUUGCACCUCUUUUUUUCCUUGUAGUGGGUGGAGCAACUCUUCUAUCUAGUGGGAUUUCUCUGUUUUCCCCUGUUUUCCUCUGUUUUUAGCUAGGUGGUGUUUUGUGUGUGGCCUUGUUUAUCAUAUUAUUCUGUGUGUUUCUGGUGAAACUUCCAUCUGGGUUUUGCCACCGUUGAUGUCUUUGGCCAUUGGGGUGGUUUCCAAUUGCAAAAGCAUGGGUUUUGAUGAUGACAAGCACAAUGUGGAUACGGGUAAAACAGCUAUUGAUUAUGCAAGUGGGGAUGAACAUCAUGAGAGGAAUCUCACUAGACAUGUGAGUGAAAGCUCCAUCGCUAUCACCGAGGAUGAUGAUGAUGACUUGGAGAGGAAGAUUGAAUUGGGUCCUCAAGUUACUUUGAAAGAGCAGCUUGAAAAGGAUAAGGAUGAUGAGAGCUUGAGGAGGUGGAAGGAACAGCUUCUUGGAAGUGUUGAUGUGAAUGCUGUUGGAGAAACUCUAGAGCCAGAAGUGAAGAUCCUGAGCCUUGCAAUCAAGUCACCUGGUAGAGAUGACAUUGUUCUUCCAGUGCCUGAGACAGGAAAUCCUCCAGGUUUAUGGUUUACUUUGAAAGAAGGUAGCCGUUACAGCCUCAUGUUCACUUUCCAGGUUGGCCAUAACAUCGUUUCAGGUCUCAAAUACAUCAACACUGUGUGGAAAACUGGUAUCAAAGUUGACAGCACUAAAGAGAUGAUUGGAACAUUCAGCCCUCAAGCAGAGCCUUAUACGCAUGAGAUGCCUGAAGAGACAACACCAUCUGGGAUAUUUGCUAGAGGGACAUAUUCAGCUAGAACUAAGUUUGUUGAUGAUGAUAACAAGAUGUACUUGGAGAUCAACUACACUUUUGAUAUUCGGAAGGACUGGGUAUAGGGUUCACGCGACAUCUCCAAGAGUGGUGUUUAAUCCAUUGUCAUUGUUAUUUGAGCUGAAAUCUCCUUCAGUGUUUACUUGUUGAUUUUCCAUUGUUGAUUUUCUAUUUCUAAUCCUGUUUGAGACCGGUAAUCUUAACAAUGACGAGAGGAUGUCGAAUUUGGAGGAAGAGAGUCAUAUUCACUUGACAGAUAAUUUUGUCAAUAAAAUUCAUUUUGCUUUUAAUUUGGAUGCACAAUUAUGCUC